GUAGCGUUGACUCAGUAUAUCAUCUUUAGAGCGGAUUUUGUUUUGUUUGUGAUCAACAUCAUUUUUACGUGGACAAAGCCAUAUUCGUUGAAUCUUCAACUCUCAAUCGAUUGAAAAUGUCUCAACUACAGUUGCUGCGUGAGUUUUUAAAUGAGCGUGUAAUGGCUGCUGCUGUCGACAUUUUUGGGGCAGUUGAGAAAACGGUAGCUGAGUACCAAGAGGAAAAUGAUCGUCUACGGAGACUGCUGCGGAUAGAUUCCUUGCAGCUCUCUCUCGCUGUCUCUGAAGAGGAGGUUCUCCCUGAGCAUCAGCAUUGUGAGCAGGAGUGGAGCUUCAGUUUGGGACAGGAGAACACUGAAGCCACACAGGUUAAAGAGGAAGAGGAGCAAAUCAGUCAAGAGGAAGAACGGCUUCAAGAGCUCUUUGAUACCAAAAAUGCCACUUUCACUCCUGCCUGUGUGACAAGUAAAUGUGAUCAGGUGGAUCCCUUGACUCCUCAAAUCCAGACUUUGGAGAACAGAGAGUGUGACCCGAAACAAGAGAAUCUCACACCUUUUGGUACUGUGACUCAGCUAAAGGCUCUCAACAUUCUAUGUGACCCUCCAAAUAAUCAAAACAAUGCAUCCAGCCACAGCACAGACCCAAGCAGUGACCCAAUAGGACUCGACAGCAGCCCAACAUUAGAUACCAGCCCACCAUUGACUCACAACCCACCAUUUAAGAAACACAGAUCCAAACACAGCAGCACAGCUAUAAAAACUCUCCGCUGCUGUGACUGUGGUGAAACAUUUGCUCUAAAAGCUGACCUGCAGAUGCAUGUGACUCUUGCCAAGAAGCAACAGAGUGAAUGUCAAUUCUGCAAAAAUUUAUACAGAUCUACCUGUAAACUGAAGGCCCAUGUCAGACUGUGUCACGAUGGGAAAACCAGCACCUGCCCCUAUUUUGGAAAGACCUUCAAACUAGAAGGAGAUCUGUCCAAGCACAUGAUUCACACAGGAGAGAAACGAUUUAGCUGUGGUGACUGUGGGAAGAGCUUUAAUCGCAAGGGGAAUCUAACCCAACAUACACUGACUCACACAGGGGAGAAAUCAUUUAGUUGUGGUGACUGUGGGAAAAGCUUCAGUCUCAAGAGGAACCUAACCGAACAUGUUCGGACUCACACAGGAGAGAAACCAUUUAGCUGUAGUGACUGUGGGAAGAGCUUCAAACAGAAGGGACACCUAACCAUGCAUAAACUGACUCACACAGGAGAGAAACCGUUUAGCUGUGGUGACUGUGGGAAGAGUUUCAAUCGCAAGCAGCCCCUAAACAUGCAUAAACUGACUCACACAGGAGAGAAACCUUUAGCUGUGACGACUGUGGGAAAAGUUUUAAUUUGAAGGACUCCCUAAAGAAACACAAAUUUACUCACACAGGAGAGAAACCCUUUAGUUGUGGUGACUGUGGGAAAAGCUUCUAUCAGAAGGGGCACCUGAAUGUGCACAAACGGACUCAUACUGAUUCACACAAGAGAGAAACCAUUUAGCUGUGAGAAAAGCUUUAGUGUCAAGGGGAACCUAACCAUGCACAAAUUGACUGCUGCUCAGGCUAGGAUUCCGUCGUAAGUAGAGGUCGGCCGAUUUAUGAUUUUUCACGACGAUACCGAUUAUUGGAGGACCAAAAAAAGCCGCUGCCGAUUAAUUGGCCGAUUUUUAAAAUGACACAUUUUUUUACUUAAAAAAAAACAUUUAUUUGUAAUAAUGACAAUUACAACAAUACUGAAUGAACACUUAUUUUCACUUAAUAUAGUAGAUCAAUAAAAUCAAUUUAGCCUCAAAUAAGGAAACAUAUUCAAUUUGGUUUAAAUAAUGCAAAAACAAAGUGUUGGAGAAGAAAGUAAAAGUACAAUAUGUGCCAUGUAAGAAAGCUAACGUUUAAGUUCCUUGCUCAGAACAUGAGAACAUAUGAAAGCUGGUGAUUCCUUUUAACAUGAGUCUUCAAUAUUCCCAGGUAAGAAGUUUUAGGUUGUAGUUAUUAUAGGACUAUUUCUCUAUACCAUUUGUAUUUCAUAUACCUUUGACUAUUGGAUGUUCUUAUAGGCACUUUAGUAUUGCCAGUGUAACAGUAUAGCUUCCGUCCCUCUCCUCGCCCCUACCUUUGCUCGACCUUCAAUGUUAUGUCAUAAUUACGUAAAAUUCUGCCAAAUUAGUUCACAAUGAGCCAGGCUGCCCAAACUGUUGCAUAUACCCUGACUCUGUGUGUAUUGAACGCAAGAGUGACACAAUUUCACCUGGUUAAUAUUGCCUGCUAAUCUGGAUUUUUUUUUAGCUAAAUAUACAGGUUUAAAAAUAUAUACUUUUGUGUAUUGAUUUUAAGAAAAGCAUUGAUGGUUAUGGUUAGGUACACAUUGGCGCAACGACAGUUCUUUUUCACAAAUACGCACCGCAUCGAUUAUAUGCAAUGCAGGACACGCUAGAUUAACUAGUAAUAUCAUCAACCAUGUGUAGUUAACUAGUGAUUAUGAUUGAUUGUUUUUAUAAGAUAAUUUUAAUGCUAGCUAGCAACUUAUCUUGGCUUACUGCAUUCGCGUAACAGGCAGUCUCCUCGUGGAGUGCAAUGUAAUCAGGUGUUUAGAGUGUUGGACUGGUCAACUGUAAGGUUGCAAGAUUGAAUCCCCUGAGCUGACAAGGUAAAAAAUCUGUCCGUUCUGCCCCUGAACGAGGCAGUUAACCCAUAGUUCCUAGGCUGUCAUUGAAAAUAAGAAUGUCUUCUAAACUGACUUGCCUAGUAAAAUAAAGAUUAAAUAAAGGUGUAAAAAAAUAAAUAUAUUAUAAUAAUAAUAAUAAUCGGCCAAACCGGUGUCCAAAAACACAGAUUUCCGAUUGUUAUGAAAACUUGAAAUCGGCCCUAAUUAAUCGGCCAUUCCGAUUAAUCGGUCGACCUCUAGUCGCAAGGUUCAGCUGCUGAAACAUAUGAAUAAAGUCCACAGGGAAAGAGAACAGGACUAAAACAGAAAUAAAAUUGGGAGAGCUCUUCUGUUGACAUUUAUUUGGAUUACAAUUGUCCUUGAGGCAGAACUGAGCAAUUUCCUCUAGAUGGGCCAGCUGCAAAGUCAGAAUUGGCUAUAUUGUAAAAAUGUAUGAAAACAAAAAUGUAAGGUUAGCUUUAAAAUCAGAUUUUAUGACUUUGUGGCUGUGCCAGCUAGUGACCACUCUGCAGAGCUGCCUCCAGAAUAAGAUACAUGAUGGAAAAAACACGAACCUGCAUCAGAAGAUGGAAAUUUAAAAGUCAGUGUUUGGUCACAGAAAGGAAAUUAAACUCUGCAUAAUACACGCUCUAGAUGUGUGAUAGAUGUACUUUUGUAAAACGUUCUAUGGGGCUAAUGAGAGCGAAUAAUUCGAAACAAAACAAAUUGUUUUAAAUAGGCUGUGUAAAUACACUUUACAGGCACCAUAAUUGCUUCCUGUGUGCAUAUAAUAUUAAAACAAAGCUGACUAUCGAGAGUUUUACGUACAUACGCACUUUUCACAGUACCUGGACAAAGAUCUAAUAAAAAGGGAGCUUGUCCAUUCACCAUUUUACUGCUUCCAAAUAUAAUGUUUUAUACACAGUACCAGUCAAAAGUUUGGACACCUACUCAUUCCAGGGUUUUGCUUUAUUUUUUACUAUUUUUUUUACAAUUGUAGAAUAAUAGUGAAGACAUCAAAACUAUGAAAUAACACAUGGAAUCAUGUAGUAACCAAAAAAGUGAUAAACAGAUCAAAAUAUAUUUGAGUUUCUUCAAAGUACCCACCCUUUGUGCAAAGCUGUCAUCAAGGCAAUCUUGGCAUUCUUUCAACCAGCUUCAUGAGGUAGUCUCCUGUAAUGCAUUUCAAUUAACAGGUGUGCCUUGUUUAAAAGUCAAUUUGUGGAAUUUCUUUCCUUAAUGCGUUUGAGCCAAUCAGUUGUGUUGUGACAAGGUAGGGGUGGAAUACAGAAGAUAGCCCUAUUUGGUAAAAGACCAAGUCCGUAUUAUGGCAAGAACAGCUCAAAUAAGCGAAGAGAAAUGACAGUCCAUCAUUACUUAAAGGCAUGAAGGUAAGUCAAUGCAGAAAAUUUCAAGAACUUUGAAAGUUUCUUCAAGUGCAGUCGCAAAAACCAUCAAGCGCUAUUAUGAAACCGUCUCUCAUGAGGACCGCCACAGGAAAGGAAGAUCCAGAGUUACCUCUGCUGCAGGUGGUAAGUUCUUGAGAGUAACCAGCCCCUGAAAUUGCAGCCCAAAUAAUUGCUUCACAGAGUUCAAGUAACAGACACAUCUCAACAUCAACUGUUCAAAGGAGACUGCAUAAAUCAGGCUUUCAUGGUUGAAUUGCAGCAAAGAAACCACUACUAAUAGACACCAAUAAGAAGAGACUUGCCUGAAACAUGAGCAAUGGACAUUAGAUCAUUGGAAAUCUGUCCUUUGGUCUGAUGAAACCAAAUUUGAGAUUUUUGGUACCAACUGCUGUGUCUUUGUGAGACGCAGAGUAGGUGAACGGAUGAUCUCGACAUGUGUGGUUCCCACCAAAAAGCAUGGAGGAGGUGUGAUGGUGUGGGGGUGCUUUUCUGGUGACACUGUCUGUGAUUUAUUUAGAGUUCAAGCACGCUUUCCCUGCAUAGCUACCACAGCAUUCUGCAGUGAUACGCCAUCCCAUCUGGUUUGGGCUUAUGUGGGAACUCCAAGACUGUUGGAAAAUCAUUCCUGGUUGAGAGAAUGCCAAGAGUGUGCAAAGUAGUCAACAAAGCAAAGGGUGCCUAUAAUUUGAUUUGUUUAACACUAUUUUGGUUACUACAUGAUUCCAUAUAUGUUAUUUCAUAGUUUAUGUCUUCACUAUUAUUCUACAAUGUAGAAAAGAGUACAAAUAAAGAAAAACCCUUGAAUGAGUAUGUAAGACUAUUUUAAGAUGAUACACAAUGCAGAGGACUAGAGGUCAAUAGGGAAUUAACGAUCAAUGGAAAUAGUUGUUUUUCAGUUCAACAUCUGGUUAGAAUCUGGCAAGAUCUCAUUGGUCUGAAUUGUCUAUACAUUGAGCCUGAAACAGGAUGCUUGUUAUUUGGCCAUUGGCCCAAUUUUACUGCAAGGAAUUCUAAUUGGUCAACCACAGACUAGGGUUGGGGUUAUAAAUGACAUCCUGUCCCUUUUUUGUUCUGUGGAGAGUCACUGAGGACAGGGAAGAAUGAUCAUCUACUUCUCAGCAUAACAACCAUGAUUAGUUCUCUUUGAAUAAACCUAUUUUUCCUCCCUCCCCCUGAUUUGCUUUGGGGUCUGUGUUACUGAAGAGUAACAUCAACUGCUAACAAGUAGGUGUCCAAACUUUUCACUGGCACUGUACAAAUUGGAGCCAUCUGACAGAUCGCAUUCACACUUCUCCAGAAGUUUAAUCAUUCUAAUAAGUUUGCUUGUAUUUUUUUUUUUAACUUUGGUUGUAAUAAAAACUUUUUUUUUCAACAACAAUAAAUACAUGUAAAAUGUAACGAUGUCCUAAAAUCGGCAGCAUAAAAAAAAAGACGUGACGCAUGUUGCUGUUGAACCAGCCUUCGUUAUAGUAGGCCUAUGGUAAGGGUAGCCUACGGAGGGCUUGGGCUUUAAAAAUGUUAAACGGAAAAUAAACAAUUGUUGCAGGAAAAUACCCUCUAAACACGAGGUUCACAUCUAGUUUCACGAUGGGCAUGGAAUAGAUCAUAUAGGCGUUUUCAUGCAAGUCCAAAGCAUGGCUAAAAUAACGUAGGCCUGCCUACAAUACAUCGCUAAAACGGGAAUGCCAGCUCACUGUUUUGCUCCUCUGAAAUUAGGUAUUUUAAUAAAGCUUUGGUGACGUAAGAUUGAUUUUCCCAGCGGUCUCAUGAGCGAAAGACUUUAUCGGAGGUCUUGACUAACUUAAUUGGUUACAUUGGGCAGGACAAAAAAGAAACAAACUUCACUGGAGGCUAUGUUUGUGUUUUAACCAAAUAAAACGAAAUGGGGAAAAAAAACAUGAUUUAUGUUUCUAAAUACGAAGUAUACGCAAAUCACCAAAUAUCAUAUUGUUCCAUGUGCAUUUGGAAAGUAUUCAGACCCCUUGUACUUUUUCCACAUUUAGUUACGUUUCAGCCUUAUUCUAAAAUUGAUUAAAUCGUUUUUUUCAUUCUCUUCAAUCUACACACUAUCCCAUAAUGACAAAGCCAAAACAAGAUUUUAGAAUUUUUGUCAAAUGUAUUAAAAAUAAAUAACAUUUCACAUUUACAUAAGUAUUCAGACCCUUUACCCAGUACUUUAUUGAAGCACCUUUGGCAGCGAUUACAGCCUCGAGUAUUCUUGGGUAUGACGCUACAAGCUUGGCACACCUGUAUUUGGGGAGUUUCCCCCCAUUCUUUGAAGAUCCUCUCAAGCUCUGUCAGUUUGAAUUGGGAGCGUCGCUGCACAGCUAUUUUCAGGUCUCUCCAGAGAUGUUCGAUCUGGUUCAAGUCCGGGCUCUGGCUGGGUCACUCAAGGACAUUGAGACUUGUCCCGAAGCCACUCCUGCAUUGUCUUGGCUAUGUGCUUAUGGUCAUUGUCCUGUUGGAAGGUGAACCUUUGCCCCAGUCUGAGGUCCAGAGCGCUCUGGAGCAGGUUUUCAUCUAGGAUCUCUUUGUACUUUGCACCGUUCAUCUUUCCCUCGAUCCUGACUAGUCUCCCAGUCCCUGCCGCUGAAAAACAUCCCCACUGCAUGAUGCUGCCACUACCAUGCAUCACUGUAAGGAUGGUGCCAGGUUUCUUUUAGACGUGAUGCUUGGCAUUCAGGCCAAAGAGUGGCUUCCGUCUGGCCACUACCAUAAAGGCAUGAUUGGUGGAGUGCUGCAGAGAUGGUUGUCCUUCUGGAAAGUUCUCCCAUCUCCACAGAGGAUCUAUGGAGCUAUGUCAGAGUUACCAUUGGGUUCUUGGUCACCUCCCUGACCAAGGCCCUUCUCCCACGAUUGCUCAGUUUGGCUGGUCGGCCAGCUCUAGGAAGAGUCUUGGUAGUUCCAAACUUCUUCCAUUUAAGAAUGAUGGAGGCCACUAUGUUCUUGGGGACUUUCAAUGCUGCAUGUUUUGGUACCCUUCCCUAGAUCUGUGCCACGACACAAUCCUGUCUCGGGGCUCUACGGACAAUUCCUUCGACCUCAUGGCUUGGUUUUUGCUCUGACACGCACUGUCAACUGUGGAACUUAUAUAGAUAGACAGGUCUGUUCAUUUCCAAAUCAUGUUCAAUGAAUUGAAUUUACCACAGGUGGAGUCCAAUCAAGUUGUAGAAACAUCUCAAGGAUGAUCAAUGGAAACAGGAUGAACCUGAGCUACAUUUUGAACCUAUAGCAAAGGAUCUAAAUACUUAUGUACAUAAAGUAUCGUUUAAAUAUUUUAAAUCUGCAAACAUUUCUAAAAACCUGUUUGCUUUAUAAUUAUGGGGUAUUGUGUGUAGAUAUGUUUUAAUUAUUAUUUGUGUAUAUACAUUUUAGAAUAAGGCUGUAACGUAACAAUGUGGAAAAAGUCAAGGGGUCUGAAUACUUUCCGAAUGCACUGUAUGUGCAGUGUGCAUCACGGCUGGAUAGGCUGAGUUUCCGCUGUCAAUAUUCCUGCCAUAAACAAUUGCAUGACCACUAAAACCAGCUUUUGGUUGGUCUUAAAUAUCCCUAACUGAGAUUAGCACUUUGGAUCAUGUUUUUAAGGACAUGUCUCAAAUAUUGAAACCCCUCCAAUCUGAGCCCAAGCGAGCUGAUGUUAGACAUGUAGAUUACCUGGCGUUAGGGCUGGAAAAUGCCAUUGGGCCUGUUUUUAUGAGGAAAUUGCAAACUAAAGUGCGUUUUACGCUAGCUCCACCAGAACACCAGCCCAAUAUAGAGCCCUAUGUGAUAAAACAAGCAACGUAUAGUGUAGAGAAUCAUUGUACCAUCUAAACAGCUGUGAAAUAUCCAAAAAUAUUGUAUUUUCAACAAAACCGAAAGUAAAAUACACAAACUAAACUUAAGAACGGAAACAUAGAAAUAGCUUACAUCUACCGCUUUUUAGACUAGCUUUCAAUGAGUGACACAUUUUAUAACUCAAAUUUCUAUGUGAAUUUGGUCGGGUCACCCAAAAAGUUAAAUAUUGCUGCUUUAAUUUUUUUCUCCAUAGGUAUUUAGGGAUCCCGAGUGGCGCAGUGGUCUACGGCACUGCAUUUCGGUGCUAGAGGCGUCACUACAGACCCUGGUUUGAUUCCAGGCUGGAUCACAACCUGCUGUGAUUGGGAGUCCCAUAGGGCGGCGCGCAAUUGGCCCAGCGUCGUUAGGGGUAGGCCGUCAUUGUAAAUAAGAAUCUGUUUCUUAACCUUUAACUAGGAAAGUCAGUUAAAUAAAAAUGGCACCAUUCUCCGUGCACUCUAAUUUUAUAAACUGGUAAGAGAUAUUGAUCAGAGCGUUUUAUGAUUGCUGAAGACAAAUGUGAAGCAAACUCAAAGCAAAUCAACUUGAAUGGUAUUUCUGCCCCUUUCCAUGGAAUGCUGUGCCAUUAUGAGGAAUUGUAAUUGUAUGCUCUUAUAACUUACAGGCCUACUAUAAAAGUACACUAUUUUCCCUAUUAUGAUUACAUGGUACAAUGCUUCAAACAUUACCAUUUGAAGAACUGAAUGUGGUAACUUUUAGAAUGACCCAUUGUUUUCUGUUGUGCAUAAAGGCUCUGCAACUGUAUUUUUCCUUGACGUAGCCUAGGAUUCAUGAAUACUUCCCUUAAGGGGUACACUCAUACACUCCCAGCCGUUCACUGCGCUCCUCUGACACUGGCCUCCUGCACCCAUACACUCCUACCCGUUCACUGCUCUCCUCUGACACUGGCCCCUCCCAACCAUCCUUCGUACCAGACUUUGCUCCAUGGAAGACCGACCAUGCAUUUAGUAGUGCAGCCCCCAAUUCGGCAACUCCCUUCCUCUCCAUCUCAGAACCUCACAAUCCAUACACACAUUCAAGCCCACACUAAAGACAUCUUCACACAGGCUUAACUGUUGUCUUAGCUUUUAUUUCCUGUCUAGUUUAAAUGGUUAGUUAUUUUCUUAUGUUUCAUGUACUUUUAUACACUUGCUUAUUUUAAGGUGUGAUUUUUUUUUUAUUUUUAUCCCUUUUUAAAAAUGUGCUGAUUCUCGCUAUGAGCUCUAUUCAAUCCCUCUCGCUGAAGCGUUACAGAUGGUAUGAUAGGCAUUUAAAGGUAAUUUCUGAUUUGAGCCGACAUCUGCAGCGUUUACCCUGAAUGCAGUCGCCGCGAAUCCGGGAACAUUACCUUUACAUUUCAAUCACGCCGUAACGCUGAACUUCCGAAAUAAGGAUCAAAUACAGCCCUAUUUUAAAGUGAGUUUGGGUGUCUUGAAAAGCGCUUAAAAUACAAAUGCUGAUUAUUAUGUAAUGAUUUACAGUCGACUCCUGUUAAGUGCAUUUUGUAUAAGUGCAAACUCAGGGCUCUAUUCAAUCCGUAUCGAGGAAGUUCAGCGUAACAGGGCGAUUGAAAUGUAAGGGCAAUGUUAGCUGAGACUGCGUUCACUGUAAAUGCUGUAUAUGUCAGCUCAGUCAGAAAUGACCUUUUAAAAGUAUACCGCUUAAUCUGUAAGACUUCGGAAAUGCAGAUUGAAUAGAGCCCUGCCUUCCGUUUCAGUCACGUCUUUCAACCCACUCGUGUGGGUCAAACAAAAACACUCUAAUUAUUGGUUGACAAAUAAUGCUUUCCACAAUGCAAAUUGAAGUUGACUGCAGUCGAAACGUCAUGACACGGUUGUUGUAAAGUUCCUGUAGGCACAAGUCUGAUCCUUUUUGUCCCCAUAGUGCAACACACUUUAAAAGGUUUGACGAAAGGUGACACGCUCGAAACGUGCCCAAUGUGUUGUCUUUCAAUUAAGUUCAUGCAAGAAAUGAUCAUUCUAGAUCACCUUAUUACAACUCUUUCCCACAUGUAGUUAUCCCCAUUAUCUCUGGUCUGUACCGUUUAUAGUGCAUGGGGACCAGAGGAGGCUGGUGGGAGGAGCUCUAGGAAGACUGUCUGUUCCAUGAAUUCCAUUCCAGCCAUUACAAUGAGACAGUCCUAAAUAGCUCCUCCAACCAAUCUCCUCUGAUGAGGAUGCUGUGGUGUGUUCGUGGUCUUACCACCUACUGAUACAAACAGAAAAAGAACACAAUCCGGAAGUGAAACUGUCAGUUAUAGAAGAUGACUAUACAACAUAAUCAAGUUUAAAAAACUAUGAACAAUAGUAAUUGUAUUUGAAGUAUUACAAAUAGCCAAAGGCAUACAGCAUAUUAUUCAGCCAAGAUCUGGGUCUCCACUCACAGGUGGAAGUUACAAAAUGUGCCUCUUAAUCUUCUGUCUGAUGCCCUUCUCCCACACAGGGCAUAGUUUCAUCUUUCUGGUGGGGCUACACAAUGUUCUGAUCUCAGUGGAAAAAUAGUCACAGAAUGGAAAAUAACAGGUUAUGUAGAAUAUGCCCUGAUUAUGACCUUUAAUGGAGAGCGAGCCCCAGGGCUACCAAGGAAAAGGUCAAUCAAGUGUUUCCUCAGGUGAGCCGUUGGGCUUUCGGGCUUUGUUUUGAAGCAUUAAUUUGACUUGUACGAUUCCUCCUCUGUGUGUUUUCCGGUGACUAUUCAAUGCACUUCUGGCACUAAAGCAUUUUCUACAGAAAAAGUGUAAUGUGUAAAUGUCUCAUACGCAGUGUCAAAUAAAAGGCAGCUGUGAACGA